AUGCGAAGAGUCUCCAUCUCUACGUCCCGAGAGAGCACAGAGAAGAAGAGCCGACUCGCCUUGUUUGACAAAGAGAAGGAUGUGAAUACGGUGCGUCUUCAAUUGCAAGAGGUUCGACGACAGCUAAUCGUGAAAAAGAAGAAGGGGGAAGGAAUAUCCGCCCUGGCGGCUGAGGUGGAACAGCUGAAGAAGGAACUCCACGAGGAAAAGAUGCUGGGAGAGAGCAUAAGCUUCAAGCUAGAGAAUCCUACGGAGGGGCGACAGUGGCAAGAGCUCAGUGGAGAAGAUCCCGACAUGGAGGCGCUGGACGCCAAGUACCGCCUCCUCGUGAAGCGGUUCAGAGGCCGGCAAAUCGAACUCCUGGAUCAGGACUUGCGUCUCGAGGAUCUCACCGAGCUGACCGAGAAACAAAAAGCGAGAGCGGAGAGAGAGCGUGACGCUGCGCUCCACGUCCGUAACGAGAUUCUAAGGCUCCACGGAAAAUUGCUUGAGAUGAACCGCCGCAUGAAGGUGACGCUUUCUGAGUUGACAUUGUAUAAGGACUAUCUGCCGAAGCUGAAAGAGCUCCAAAACGCAACAGCGCGGCGUGUAGAUGAAGCCCGGAGAAAUGUGUAUUUUGGGCGUCCUGCGACUCCAAAUGCUGAAGAAGAACUGUACGCCUUGAUUGAGAAGGAAGUCGAGCGCGAUCGGACUCUUGUUGCGGCCAAGCGACGCGCACUGGAAGACAUGCGGGAACAAACAGCCUUCCGAACCACGGCGGAGCGGCGCCCCUCCCAGUACAUCCCCGACAGCAACUCCAUCGGACUCCCCGUCGCCUACGGAGCCAACGCUCCUUUCAAACCCCAGCCCCCGUCGUCGAAUCUGCGUCACUACGUCACCGCCCCGCGCGAUCAAUCUCCCCGUCGUGGUGUAGCGCCUUCAGAGAACCCCCCUUGA